GGACAUAAUGAAGGCGAGGUAGUUGAUCGCCGAUAGUGUUGAUGUGUACCAGUCCUAGAGUAUUUACAUACGGUUAUGGUGGAAAACACUCCCUCACCUCUGCCUGAGAGGGCCAUCUAUGGUUUUGUUCUGUACCUUGGCUCUCAGUUUGGUUUCUUUCUGUACUGUCUGUGGGCAUUCGUACCAGAGGAGUGGCUUCAUGCAGUUGGGCUCACUUACUGGCCCCAAAAAUAUUGGGCCCUUGCAGUGCCAAUCUAUCUGCUGGUGGCAUUAGUGGUCUUUGUUUUGGUUCUGUUUGGAGUGAACAUGAACAACACGGCUCCACUGGACUCUGUAGACAACAUCACAGAUGUGUUUGCUCAAAGCCAGAGCACAGAUGUCUGCCAGAAGGGAGGAAUACCCAGACUGAAAGAUGUUUCCAUUAGUGAAGUCAAUAAAAUGUUCUAUUUGUCUCCCCAAGCUACAACAAAAAGAAAGUGAUUUUGGGUGAAGAAAAGAUACAUUUAUACCUGCUGGUGAUUUAUCAUGGUGUUCUAGUUUGGCUUUUUU